CAUCUUUCCUCUGAAGUGAAAGCGUCCCAUACAUUGACAAUGCUCUCACAUCUUUUUGUGAACGGUCUUACCUUCGCUCUACUGUCAGCCAUCUGCUUGUCUCUACCCUAUGAUGGGACACAGCAAGUUCUGAGCGAUCACAAACCAUCCAUCAAUCUCCCCACCAAUGAUGGAUUCGUACUCCCAGUUUUCGAUUCAAAACCUGUAAGUAGGGCAGAGGAAAUCCGAUCAAACCGUAUCGGGUAUCAGUACGGUCCGCCACUACUAGGAAAUACUUCAUACUUCCCCACUGGGCCACUUGGAGAUGCAAUGGUCCAAAGGGAUAAACAGAUGUGGUUCCAAGAUGUCCAGUAUGUAACAGAGAAAGUCAAUGGAAUUGAGAUCCCACAAGCAGCGCGGGCGCUCGCGGAGAUUGGUGGUAUCAAAACGCUCUCCGACUAUGCAACUUUGUACGACGGGCAAUGGAAAUACUCUAUCCCAGAUGGAGUUUCUCCUGGAAUGUUGACGAAUUGGACGCAAGAUCUUCUCUUUUCCAUGGAGCGUCUAUCGAACAAUCCCUAUGCUGUCAAGCGCAUUCAUCCAGAGGACCAAAUUCUGCCGUUUGAGGUCGAACAAAGUACUGCCAAAAAACUCACAAAUAUGAGCCUAGAAGAGCUCCAUCGGACUGGGCGCCUCUUCGUGGCAGAUCAUUCCAUACAAGCCGGGUAUCCUACCAUACCCGGACGCUGGACUGCUGCUUGCACAGCAUACUUUUACAUACAUCCAAAGUCUGGAGACUUCCUUCCUCUUGCGAUAAAAACGAAUGUGGGUAGAAAUUUGACUUACACGCCCUUGGAUGACGAAAAUGAUUGGCUCAUAGCCAAGAUGUCAUUCGAAAUGAACGAUCUCUUCCAUGGUCAGAAUCUCCAUCUCGCUGCAACUCACGACGUGGCGGAGCCCCUUCACCAAGCUGCUCUCCGGACUAUGAGCAGCAGACACCCAGUUAGAGGACUGCUCGAUCGAUUAAUGUAUCAAGCUUACGCUGUCAGACCGAUAGGAGACGAGGUGCUUUACAAUCCUGGCGGUUUCUUCGAUCAAUCAUUCGCACUGAACAACGAAGCUGGCCGACUUUUCGCUGGUGACAUGUACCCAGUAUAUGCAGGACUUUUCCGCAGCAGUCAAUUUCGACCAGACCUCGUGACACGCGGCCUUGUUAACUGCACAUAUGGGCCCCAGCUCAAGUCAAUGCCAUUUUACGAGACAGUGGAACCGAUGAUGACAGCCAUCGAGGACUUUGUUACAGUUUAUGUGGAAAGCUACUACCCUUCGGACGCGCUGCUCACGCACGACCUGGAAGUGCAGGACUGGAUGGUGGAGGCGCACGUAGGCGCCCACGUCCUGGAUUUCCAUCCAGCACCUCUUACAGAAAGAGCAAAGCUCAUCAACAUUCUGUCGCACAUUGCAUUCUUGUGUGGCAUCGGGCACCACGUACUCAAUGCAGCCACACUCGGAGAGGCGGCAGGAAUCUUACCCCUACACCCUUCAGCUUUUCAAAAACCGCUGCCAGAAUGCAAAGGUUGCAUCGACGACCUCAUGCCGUAUCUGCACAACGACACUGAAGCGUUGAAACAAGCAUCAUUACUCGUCCGAUUCAAUAGACCGCUUUUGGAAGAGUGGGAUGGUAACCUCGUCAAUCAAUGGUCCGGCAAGCAAUUCCUGGCCGCGACUUCGGAUAGUGUACGAGAGGCGGCAGCAAAGUUCAAACGCACAAUGGAGUCAAUCAGCGAUCAUAUACGGGCGCAGGUGUUUGACGACAACGGCUUCGGUCCGCAGGGUAUGCCAUUCAUUUGGCGCUCCAUAGAUCCGAGGAAAAUCCCGUAUUACUUGUGUGUAUAG